AAAUUAAAAACAGUGCAAUUAAUAGAAUACACCAUCCGAAAUUAUUUUUCUCUUGUCAUUUACUCACUCUCGUGUUGUUGCAAUAUGAAUAUCAUUGGCUUUUAUUGUAUGGAAUAAAAACAAAAAACACACACCCUAGCAAAAAUACCUUUUAUGUUCCACAGAAGAAACAAAGUCAUACAUGAAACAACACAAGGAUGAGAAAAAUAACACAAUUUUCAUUUCUGAAUGAACUGUCCCUUUAAGAAAAUAACACAUACAGCUUCACUGAGGCCUCCCAGGGCAGCUUUACCCAGAUCUAAGCUCUGUGGGUGGGGUGAAUUGGAGCACAGAUCACGAGGCCAAUGCACUACACAGCCAGAUAAUUGUGUUCUGACUCCAGCACAUGCGGGGCUAACGAUCUACAACUGGCCAGACAGUCUGUGCAUCUUUAAUUAGAGCCUCUGUGUGUGUGCCUGAGACAUUGUAAAUGAGGGAACAUCGACCAGUUCUGUCCAUGCAAGGAGAAUGUCACUCAAAUCGCUAGAUCACAGCGUCCUCUGUGUCAAUCACAAAGACCUUACAAACACCUAAACAUACACACAGAAUCUAUAAUAUAUAUUAACCCAUCAUUAGCAUGUUCAAAAUGUAUACUAACCUCAAAACAAACCAAGUACACAUUUCUUGCUUUGUUUUCUCUAGCAUUUCCUACUCAACACAUCAUGCUCUGAUUUCUCUCUGCCUCACUCCAUCCAUCUCUUCAUCAGUCAGAACCUCAGAGACUGAGUCAGGGUGACUAUCAAUCAAUGGAAGGGCGUUUGCUUCUGGGUUGCCUCAACCCACACACACAAACAGAUACGCUUAGUGAAAAAUUGAUGACAAGAGUUUAAAAAUGUGAACAGGGAUGAGCGUGAGACUGCAAAAUAACUCUGCACAAACCACCACAUUUUAUCUGCUUCUUUUAUAUUAUAUACAUAGGAAUGAAAGCUUUUGGGGAGAAAUUAUAUAAUUCAGAUACUUACACAUGUCACUAACACACCUACUUUAUAUUGGUCGUUCAGAUAGACUGUGACUGUCAAGGCCACGGUGGGUAUUUUUAUGCUAUUCACAAAUAUCCCAUAAACAGCAUCGGUAGGGAGAGGCUGGACAAUUACCUCUAUGCUUUCCCUCUCUGUGCUUGUGUGGGUGUCUUUGUAUUUCUGUCUGGUUUCUGCUUGCACUCAGUAAUUCAGCAUGACUGCAGUCAAUAAUUCAACCUUUGAUUGAACACUGGAGAACUAGUUGAGUGAAAAAAUAACAAGAAAUGGAAAAUGAGUGAUGGAUGGAGUUUUUUUUCUAUCUAUCUAUCUAUCUAUCUAUCUAUCUAUGCCUCUCUCUAGAGCUCCACACAAAAACAAGUUGACGUCAUUUGUUGACAGACUCGUUUAGACUACAAAUUGCUUACUCACUGGCCCCUUGUAAGUUGAAAGCAAAAUCUCUUUUUGUUCCGGCAACACUCUUUUAUUAUGUAACAGACGUGCCAAAGACUGAACUGUGGGUCCCUCUUUCAGCAAUGACUGCUGAUUACAUAAUGCAACUGCAGGUGCACUUUGGGUUCACAAAUGAUACUCUUGUCGCACAAUACGCAUGAAUGAAGUUCUGUUUCUGUUCAUUUACUUUUUAGAGAGGGACUGUGUUGUGUAUUACAUUAGUUUUUAGAUUUUAAAAAGAAGGGACUUUAUAGGUAAUCAGAUUUGAAUAAAAACGAAAAAAAUAGUUAACAGUCAUGAAUUAAAAAAAAUAAGGCAGAAACACCAAUAUGUUCUUUUACGCUGCAAUUGCUCCCAAGACAGAACAAAUAUUAUAACAAGUACACAAAGACACAAGGGUAACAGAAACAUGAAUGAUCAAAAGAUGCUACAAAUGACCUUUGUCCCUCUCUGCUUAGUCAGGGCAAAUGUGUUACAAUACAUGAGUUAAAUAAUAUAUAAUAUUAACCUUCACAUGUGAAGAGAGAACAAGUGAAGUGAGAGAGUACAGAACACAGGAUGUCUAGAAGAAAAAGACUGGGGAAAGGGUAAAAAAAGGGGGAGAGGACAUUAAGUAAGCGGAAGUCUGGAUUAGUCAGAGUUCAGUCUGAAAUUCUCUAGUGCCUGCAUGGCUUCGAUUGGCAACAUGUGGAUUUUGGAAAAAAACACACCACAGCAGCCCGGAGGCCUAAAACAGCGUGUCGUCAGUGCCCUGCUGUACUGCACUGGAGAAAUGCAACAAUUACAUACUCACAUGCAGGAUAAAUUCUUCCCGCUGCAGCUGGCUGAGUGCUGUCUGCGCGGGAUCUCACGUGUGAUUCUACUAAAUAACCCCCUGAGUGGAGCUCUGAUUUUGGCAGCACUGCUGCUAGAGAGCCCCUGGCAGGCUCUGCUGGGGAUGCUCGGCCUUUUGGCCUCCACCUGCACAGCUAUAAUCCUGGGACAGGACUGUGAGGAGAUAUCCACUGGCCUUCAUGGUUUUAAUGGAAUGCUGGUGGCUCUGCUGAUGGGAGUGUUCAGCUCUGCUGGAGAUUGGUACUGGUGGCUUCUGCUGCCUGUGUGUCUCGGUGGAGCUGCAACGACUUUUCUUUCCAGCAGUUUGGCUCCGGUACUGGGUCACUGGGAUUUACCAGUGAGCGUCUUCCCAUUUAACACAGUCAUCGUGCUGUAUCUGGCCUGUACUGGCACUUCUAACCCCUAUUUUCCAAACUAUCCAGCCCAGCCACCAGGGGCGCCGGCGAGCACCAAUCUCACCCAGCUCCAUGUUCCACAGCUCCUGCAGGGGGUGGUGUUGGGCGUAGGGCAGAUCUUUGCAUGUGGAACUCUAGGCCCAUCUCUGCUUAUCCUGGGUAGUGUUUUCCUCUUCUCACCCAUUCUGGCCGUCUACGCCCUCCUGGGGUCUGGCAUUAGCACUAUGGCAGGUCUGUCUAUGUCAGUGCAGCACACAUUUCUGUACUCUGGCCUCUCGGGCUUUAAUGGUGCCCUGGGUUGCAUGGCUGUGGGAGUGUUUUACAUAUUCAGUUGGAGAACACAUCUCUUAUCUAUUGCAAAUGCCUUGCUUUCAGCUUACACAGACAUCGCCUUGAGCAACCUGCUGGGAGUUGUGGGUCUCCCAGCAAGCAGUUGGGCUGCAACUCUGACAGGCACUCUGGUGCUGUUGCUGACAGGGAAAAACCUCAAAGAAUACAGAAUCCCUCUUGAAAAAGUAACCUCACCAGAACAGAACUUGCGCUCACACAAGCAAUGGUCUGCGGCCAAUACGAAUGCAACUGACAUAUAAUGUUUACAUAAAUUCAUAGAUAAUACAUACUGUGCCUUGCAAAAGUAUUCAUACCCCUUUGUGUGUGUGUGUGUGUGUGUGUGUGUGUGUUUAAUGUUUUGUUAUGUUGCAGUCUUAUGCUAAACUGCUUUAAAAAGCUUUUUUUCCACUUUAAUCUACAUACACCAUACACCAUAAUGACACGUGUGUUCCAAGAAUGCGGUUGUGAGUCCUGAAAAUUUACAGGUGUGAGUUCGGUUAUAGAAUACGGUUGUCACACCAGUAAAUAACUGUAUUAAGGACUCAAAUACGGUAUUGACAACCGUAUUCUGCUGCUGUGUGAACGUGGCCUUACAGAAGGACAAUCGUCACUGCAACACACCACCAAUGUGGUCUGUAUUGCCAUGUGACCAAACUCAAUCCUCUCCUCAGUGAAGACACAUGAAAACCCACUUGAAAUUUGCAACAAAACACCCGGAGAUCUCUCAGACUGUUCCAAUUCCAAGCGCCAUGUAUGGAGGAAACCAGGCACUGCUCAUCACCUGCACAGUAGCAUCCCAACAAUAAAGUGUGGUGGUAUCAGCCCCAUCCUGUAGGGCUGUUUUUCAGUGGCAGGGACUGAGGGACUCGUCAGAGUGGAAGGAAAGCUCAACACAGCAAAAUAAAGAGAUAGCCUUAAUGAAAACCUAGUCCAGAGCAUUCAGAACCUCAGACUGGGCAGAAGGUUCACCUUCCAGCAGGACAAUGAUCGUAAGUAUACAGCAAGGGUGGCUUAUAGACAACUCUGUGAAUGUCCUUGAGGCCCCA